AACUGGAUGUGAAUCGAGAAAUCCAUCUUGGAUCGAUGAGCGGCUCUGGACCUGGGUUAGGUAUAGUCCCAGUCCUAAAGAGAAGGGGGUGAAGCCCUACAAAGAGGGGUGUGUGUGUCAGGGACCCUGUGCGCCAGUAACUAGUGCUCUCUAUCUAGGUGGUCCGAUUUCUCAGACUACGGCCGGCUUUGAAUCAUGGCCAACUUGAAACGCGCUUAAUAAUGUGUACUUCAACAACCCAGAUGCCCUGCGAUGCGCACCGCACCCGCCCUUGCCUCUGGUAGAGCUUCCAGAGAGCGCGGCGAAAUGGCCCUGGGAUGCAGCAGCGUGCUGAACCCCAACCAGUAUGUACGAGAACGACGACAACUGGAAGGCCUCGUCUGCGGCCCAGUCCAGUCCAGUCCAGUCCAGACUCUAGCCCUAUAUCCCCCCGGGGGGGGGGGGCCCGGAUCCUUCACCCGCGUAGACCUCCACCGCUACGACGAAACCUGGGAAAACACACCCCCCCCCCCCCCCCCCCCAAAAAAAGUCCUACUCACCCAGUUCUACCAGCCCCCGUGCGUGCUGGAGGCGCAGUGCCGGGAGCUCGAGAUGACGCUGUUUACGCACGAAGGCGGCGGGGCCUCUCUCGCUGCGCUCCGCGGGGCCGGCAUGUCUUGGUCCUUUGCUAUAACGGGGACACGGCCCCGGGUUGGGUCGAGCUUUCUGCGGGGGCAGGGGGGUGUUAUCGGGCGCUCAGGGAUCAUGGGAUAUGGGGGACUCUUUUGUCUUCUAGUUGAUGGGUGGUUCAUUGCAGACGGGGAGGGGAGGAGAAAGGCACUUUUGUUUUCGGAUAUUCAAUGAUGUAACAUUAAUUAAACCAAAGCUCGAUCUAUAGCGCAGCGCUCAAUCAAAUGCCAUCCAUCCCAAACAAUCUAUGAGUGU